GCCUCCUCUCUAAAAACCUCGUCAAGCGCGCAGUAGGCUAACGCUUUCAUUCCUAUCUUCCCAGAGACCAGCUACGACCCAGACACUAUAGGAAACUUCAACGAGCGACCGAUGGCACAGAACGAGUAGGGCAGACAACACCCUCACGAUUUUCUAGCCCUACGGUGUAUGGAAAUUGAUCCUGGAUGGACCUGGGCGAAAACAGCUGGUCCAUGGUCAAGCAAGAAGUGUCCAGCAGCCCAGGGUCACCGGCUGAACAGAGCUACUUACACGGCGGUCAGGACAGGAGGGACAGUCACGGCCACGCGCACGACUCGGAGGGACUCAGGUCACCGCCGACAACCGAUCAACUUGACUUAGUGGGACACCGGCGCGACGAGGGGCCAGUUAGACCAUCUCUACACUCCUACGUUCACUUCGGACACGGACACCACAACAACAACAUUGCCCUGCCCACCACAGAGGACAUCACGCUGUUCACGGAUUUAGACCAGGGCAACAAACUAAUCAUCUCUAGUGGAGCGCACCCGCACCACAAGGGGGGCCUUAUCGUCGACCCCAGCGACAUGUAUCAAACACUAGCCAUCGCGGCGGCACACCAGAGCCAGGCGGGGUACGACUCGCCCUCUGGGGGCUAUAUGCACUCCAACCCCAACUCUCCAGUGUAUGUACCGAGCUCCCGGGUGGGACCCAUGAUAUCCAGCCUCCCUUAUUUGCAAGCCAGCGGGUCGGCACAGCCUAGUCAUGCGGUCACAAGCCAUUCAGUCUGGUCGCAGUCUACUCCGGAGAGUCCCUCCUACAGCACCGGGAGUCCUCAUACCUCCAACCGUUUCCAUUACCCUCCAAGCCCGCCAAUGAACAACGUAGCGUCCAGGGAUAACGGCUACAGUAACCCACUGAAUGUGGGCAGUCGAGACCAGUACGGUCUCCCUCGGCCCCUCGGUGGAUCCUACGCCAGUCCCUACUCCCCGUAUGUUGGACCGCAGCUAUCCCAGUUGUCCUCGCCUUGGCCUGGAGGACCAUUCGAUAACACCAUGUUGCACACUUUGCAAAGCAGAGGUGCGCCCUUGACGAUUCGAGGACCCAAUGGAGAUAUUCUCGACGACCUGGGAGAGAGCAGGGAAUGCGUCAACUGCGGCUCCAUCUCAACGCCGCUCUGGAGACGCGAUGGCACGGGCCACUUUCUCUGCAACGCCUGCGGCCUGUACAGCAAAAUGAAUGGACUCAGUCGGCCAUUAAUUAAACCACAGAAGCGGAUGUCAUCAUCCCGGCGAAUCGGCCUCUCCUGCGCCAACUGUCAGACGAGCACAACCACCUUGUGGCGCAGAAACGCAGAAGGAGAACCGGUCUGCAACGCAUGUGGGCUCUACACAAAAUUACAUGGAGUACCUCGGCCGCUCGCAAUGAAGAAAGAGGGAAUUCAGACGAGGAAAAGAAAACCUAAAACUUUGAACAAAACCAAGGGAUCCUCUGGAAAUAGUAAUUCAGUCGCCAUGACUCCGACGUCGACGUCUUCUUCCAACUCUGAAGACUGCUCGAAGAACAGCUCUCCCAACACGCAGGUCCAGUCCUCUGUCCUGAGUGGACCAGCUGAUGGCUCAGGCUCUGAUGGCUCUGCCGUCGUGAAGUACCCAGGCCAGGAUAGUCUCUACACCAGUGUGGGCCUCACCCAGUCUCCAGACAUAGCCGGCUCCGUCAGGGGAGAGUCCUGGUGCCCCAUGGCUCUUGCCUGAGUCAUGAGCUGUGGAUGGAACCCACCACACUAUCCUCUCUCUCUCUCUCUGGAUGUCCUGCUGCUGUGUGGUGGAAAUAUUCUGUGCCUUGAUGGUUCUGGGUCUGUUUCCUACUUCCCAGCUAACAACAGUUGGACAGAGACAGCCCCCCCCCCCCCCCCCUCCACGCUCAUGCAAGUUUGAAACGUCUGUGGAAUAUUUGGGAUUGAUUUCCAGAAUUAUAUGAGAAAACCUUAGUGCCUUAACAGAAAGGGAAAUAUGUGAGAGGAGGCCUGUUGAUGCAUUCUUGACACUCUGCAGUUCGGAUGUGUUCCGGACCGACCUGCUGUUCUCUCUCUCUCUCUCUCUCUCUCUCUCUCUCUCUCUCUCUCUCUCUCUCUCUCUCUCUCUCUCUCUCUCUCUCUCUCUCUCUCUCUCUCUCUCUCUCUCUCUCUCUCUCUCUCUCUCUCUCUCUCUCUCUCUCUCUCUCUCUCCUCUCCUCUCCUCUCCUCUCCUCUCCUCUCCUCUCCUCUCCUCUCCUCUCCUCUCCUCUCCUCUCCUCUCCUCUCCUCUCCUCUCCUCUCCUCUCCUCUCCUCUCCUCUCCUCUCCUCUCCUCUCCUCUCCUCUCCUCUCCUCUCCUCUCCUCUCCUCUCCUCUCCUCUCCUCUCCUCUCCUCUCCUCUCCUCUCCGCUCUCGCUCUCGCUCUCGCUCUCUUUCUCUCGCUCAGCUAUGGAGGUGGAUAAAAUGUCUGAAAUGAAGAAACCUGUACAUAAUGUUAUGGAUUCCCCCACUCAAGACUAAGGUGGUUAAUUGGAUAUUAGUGCUUAAGAAAAGCGCAACCAUGCAUACAGAGGACAUUUUGAUUAUCAUUUUUUUGCAACUGGAAUCAAGCUAUCAAGUUACCAAGACAACCUUCCUGAAUCAAGAGAAAGUAUUUAUUAAUCUUCCAUUGUUGAAAAUAUGACUAUGAUUGUUAAAUAAAGAUAUGAACAUAGAGUAGAACUGAAACAACAAAAAAAUCUUAUAUCUUUGUUUUUUAAUAUACUUUUGUAUUUCCUUAUCUCUUGUUGAGUUAGUAGUUGUUUAACAGUGAUCGUAAAUCUGCACGUUUUUCCACUGAUAGCUCUCACUGUAUCUGACUGAAACUCUUGGUUUUAAACAGGGUAUCAAAGACUGCGACAUCCUAUGUCGGUCAGUUUUUGUUUUGAAUGAUUAACUCAAUUCGCAAAUAAUUAAAUCCUACAGAUUAAAUUAAAAUGCUCUUCACUUUAUGGUACUAUUUUUUAAAGAAAUUGGUAGAAGUGGGUUUUUUUAGGCGAGGAAAAGAGAGAACAUGUCCGCAAAAUCUUUGACACGUGUACAACAGCUAGCUAAGUACUGUUUGAAUGAAUGGCACCCACAAUUGUUUUAUAGAUGCAUAUUUUUGUUACAAUACAAAACGGCAAAAGAAGACUGCUGCAAUAUUAUCUGGCUGCAACAAAGACUACCUAACUGGUAGAAACAGUAUACAUUUAUACAUGCAUUUGAUGUUUAUAUACAAUUUGACAAAAAUGAAAUGAAAAGGCUAAAUAAGGUCAACAUAAAAUACUGUAAUGUUGCUAUAUGGACAAACAUAUGCGGAAUUGAUAAAUUGCCCCUAAUAAGUUUUUGGUUGAUAAAAGAGUAAUGGCUGUUCCUACAACCAACUGUAGACUGUCAUAAAACAAAAUUAGUCAAUGAGAAAAAUGUUACACAUUUACCCACGGUGAUGAAACUGUAGCUUCAAUUGAGAAUAAUCUUAAAAGUGUGAUUUAUGCCAAUAAUUAUGUUUCAGUGACGUGAAAAUAUUCAUCUGUAGGUAGAAAACAACCUUUCACUGGUUUCAAGACAUAAUGACCUUAUAUGACAAAUCACUGUUGAUUUUGGUUUGACUCAACACGCAACAAAAAGUGGAAUACAAACGCGCCCUUGUAUUUUUACUCAAAAUAUGUCAAAAGCUCUACAGUACAUAUUCCUGACUUUCAACUUUUGAAGUGGAAAUAUGACUUUCCCAUUCAAUACACAGAUCAUACUGUAUGUCUCCCUCUCCACCAGCAGGGGUGUGAAUGGCGCCUCGCUCAGCAGAACUCUCGGUGGAUCCAUUUUAGGGCCAGACAAAUUCCUCUCGUUCUCUGGGGAAUGUCAAUUUUCGGUGGAAUGAAUCUGAAGGUCAUUGUGAAACUGCCGUUUUAAAAUGCAUUUCAGUUUCACCAUCAGGGUCGUUCAGCUGAAACGGGGCCUGGUAAUAGUUUUUUUUCUGGACUUAUUUAUUUUUUGAAAUAUCAUGUUUAUUAAUAACAUUGUUUUUCCAAUUUUUUUUGUUUGGAUAUUUGUAUUUCUUUGGUUGGUUGUUUUUAUCCUUGAUACAGUUUUAAAUGAUAUUAUUUCAAUAUUUGAAAUAAAUUGUUCUGUUGAUAUGUGAAUUUUGGAAUAAUUGCCCAUCUUAGAAUAUUUUAAGGAAAUCUACACGUUGUUGGUGUGUCGUUGUAUCACAGUGUUUUUGUGGUAUGUGCCAGAGUUUGCAGCAAGAGUUUUAGCUCCAUCUAGCCAAUUGCUGUGAAGGUACAUAUAACCAUUUUGAAAUUGUGAUAUUAAAUAACCCCUUAUAUUUGAAUAAUAUGUAGACAUUUGUUGUUAUAUUGGCAUUAAAUAAAUUGGCAGUGGUACUCCUCACUUAAAUUCUUUCACCUCAUGAUUCAGGGAGGUUCGAAAAAAGCUAGUAGCCUACGGAUAUUCCGAAAUAUAAAUCGCCUUAGCCUACUUUCCAUUUUUUUUUUUAAAUUGAACUUGUAUGAAGAUUUCCACUAUAUUACAUCAUGCUGGAAUAAUAAACCAAACGUUAUCAAAACGUUUAUUAAAACUGUGUACAGUUUGUACAUUUUUAAGAUGGUACCUUCAAGGGAAAUAUGUUAUGAGAAGCUGCAAUGGAUCCCCGAGGGUUUUGAAUUUCCAGACAGUGUUGGUCUAGUUGUUUUCUCAUUCUGUAUUAAAAUGAGCCUUUCCUCUUA